AUGCUGUUGCUACUGUCACUGCUGCCUCUCCUGCCGCCGCCGCUGCUGCCGCCGCCGCCGCCGCCGCUGGUCCUGCUUUUGCUUUUACUUCUCCUGCAUGACAGUUGUUUUCUCCAUCUGAGCAGACCCCAGUUUCAGAUGCUCGAGGUGAGAAACAUGCCUUUCAGUUUGGGCUACUGGUUUACUUAA